CUAGAAUGGCGACUGCUGUCUGCGGUCUUCAGUCCACAGGCGGUAGUAGUAAACCGGCGAAGAUACACCGGGAGCACCGGAGGAAAGCGAGGGACUCCAGACGGAGGCAGGCGGCUCUGUUGUUCCUCAACAAUAUCUCACUCGACGGGCGGCCCCAGUGUCAGCUUGACGAUGGAAGUACCGAUCAAAAAGCCGCCGAGAAGCACCGACUCGCGGACAGAGACGGCGCCGCCGCGGUCGUGCCCCCGCCGGCGGAUAGCCAAGGACCGGUCGCCCAGGUGACGGAACCCGCCGCGGCCGGUAGUGGCUCGUCCUCCAGUUUUCCGGGGGUAGUUAGCCCUACCCGACCUUCUUUGGUAAUGUCUCCGGGACCUGCCGGGGCAAGUGCUGUGGGGGCCAGCGAAGUAUUUUUGGAAGGUGGCAGUGCGGCUGAGACGCUAACCCCGGACACCCCUCUGUCUCCUGUCUCCACCGGACACCAGCCCUGCUCCCGUGUCAGAUCAACGCCCGCCGCACUGAGCCCGGUCCCGGCCGUUAGUUCUCAGGAUUCACGGCAGAGGUUGGGAAAUGUCUCUGGUUCUCCUGGACCCAAGGUGCCAAAGAAAGUCCACUUCAUCAAGAGUAUGAGGCAGUAUGAUACCAGAGGAUGCAGGAUCAUGCUGAUUUGUGCCAAGCGGUCGCUAUAUGCUGCUUUCUCAGUGCUGCCCUAUGGAGAGAGUGCUCACCUCAGUGAUCCUAAGCUGGAGGCUCAAAGACAAAGGCUGUCCUCUGUGGUGGCUGCGGACCUGCUUCCCUCCUUGGAAGGACUAGAGCUGGGCGCCUAUGGCAAGACAGUGUCAUACGCUAAGUUUCUUUAUCCGACCAAUGCCUUGGUGAGGCAGAAGAGCGGCGGCAUGCCAGAGAGCUGCACGACUCAGACCCCUCAGUCCCGUUUCCGUGGCAACGGGCAGAGGAACUUCAACCCGGCUCGUCUGAACAACAGCGUGGCACAGGACCCAUAUAUAGAAGAGGUGGCAGAGUAUGACCCUAACCUGCUCAGUGACCCUCAGUGGCCCUGUGGGAGACACAAGAGGGUUCUUACAUUUGCAUCAUAUGUGACGACUGUUAUUGGGUAUGUGAAACCAUCUGACCUGAAGAAGGACAUGAAUGAGACUUUCAAGGAGAAGUUUCCACACAUUAAGCUGACACUGAGCAAGAUAAGAAGCCUGAAGAGGGAAAUGCGGGCCGUGAGUGAAGAGUCCUUUUUACAGCCGGUCACUAUAGCGAUGGCCUUUGUUUACUUUGAGAAGUUGGUGCUGCAGGGUCGUCUCAACAAGCAGAACAGGAAGCUGGUGGCAGCGGCAUGCGUGCUACUGGCUGCAAAGAUCAGCAGCGAUCUGCGGAAGUCAGAAGUUAAACAGCUCUUUGAUAAGCUGGAGGAGCGUUUCCGUAUAAACAGAAGGGAGUUGAUUCCCCUGGAGUUUCCUGUGCUGGUUGCCUUGGAGAUGGGACUUUACCUCCCCGAGAGCAAGGUCAUGCCACACUACCGCAGACUGGUGCAGCAGGGUUAGACGGGAUGUGGUGAUGAUUGACACUCCGCUGGUUUCAUUAAUAACACCAGCAUUUAUGUGUGGCUAAGUCAUUUUUCAAUCAGAACUGUGGGUGUGGGUGUGUGGGUGGUGGAUUGACCAGUUUAUAAGCUGUUAUGUGUGUGAAAAUAAUAAUUCUGGUACUAUUUAUUUCCUGUCAGUCAUGGCUCAAGCCACUCACUGUAUCUAAAGAAUAACCAGUUUACACUCGUUGGCAAAUAUUUAAGACUUGAUGGCAUGUGUGUCUAUCUGAGUGUCUUUUUAAGCGUUUGUACGUGUGACGUUCUGAUGUUGAUCCAGUUAUGAGCUCUAUGUUAGAGAUGUUCAAUGAGCACAUUACUUGUGCUUUUAUUUUGGUUUUCCUCGUGACCCAUUUUUUGGUACGUCCUAGUAAUCUUCAUCUCUGUUAAAAUGAAUUGCUGUGAUGUUUGUGUUUGUGGGAAAACUCUUCACUUGCACCUUUCUCAUUACUAUACAGCCUGUAUAGUAUUUAUUACAAAUUACAAUCCACACUGUUGAUUUUGUAAAUGCCUUUUAAACCCACUGUGACAUUGAAAUAUUUAGCCAUUAGACUUAAACAUGAAACUGUAGAUUGUGGGUGUGAAACCUGGUUUUAAUUUUUCGUCUUUUAAGAGAAGGAAGUGGCCUUGAAUUUGUUUCUUUUGUACGGUAUGUCCCACCACAGUCCAGCUGCAUUCAUUCAUUUAUCUUGUUCUUGAAUAGAAAGAAUAUUUAUGUGGCAGCUCUGUGUUGAGACUGUUGAUGAUGGUUGAAAAACUGCAAAUAUACAGUGUCUGUGGUGUCACAUGCAAGGGAACAGGAUAUGGAGGCAUAGUAUUUAUGGUAAAGGUGUUUUGUUUUGUUUUUUUUUUUUAAAUUUAUUUAUUUUUUUUAAUCUUAUGUCAUUACCCAGGGAUAUGUUUUUGUUAAAUGCAAUGGAAUUUAUUCCUCAAUAGUUGUCGUAUUUUUCAGUUCUCAGGAAUUUUGCUUUCGCAUAUCUUUGAAUGGCUCAUAAAAUCUAACCCAAAGAAAAGUUUAAAAGUUGUUACCGUAGCUAUCAUCGCUAAAAACACCUGCUCUCCAUUGCAAGCCAGUGUAAGGUAACUUAGGUAACUAGUGCUUUGAUGGAACGGGAAAUCCAGUCGUUUUAAUGUGAAGUAUAUGAAUGGACGUGAAUGGAUUUGCUUGGGCAAAUACCAGACGGUAUUAACCUGACUGCAGUACGUCUUGUGUUGUAAUUCUUCAGAUUUUUGUGCCAUUAGGUGGAGUAAUAACAGGAAAAAAAAAAAAAGUGCCUGAAACUACAGUGCCAGUGAAACGGUUAACCAUCUUAUCAUAAGUGAUAUUUAGCGUUGACAUUUCUUUGUCUUGCUGCUGUAGAGAUCUUUAAAUGUUGAGAUUGUUCUUGUCUGGGAAAGAUAAUCACAAACACUUACUGGACAGUCUUUAUAGUCACAAGAUGGUGAUUCAGUUUUCUGUGUGUCCGCAGUGUUGAAAAAUGUGUCACAAUACAAAUUCAAAUAGAGUUGUGUCACUGCAGAAAAUGUAUCUGUACGGUUGAUGUCAAAUUACUAAGUAUUCAUUGUUGUUUUCAUAUUGUGAAGUGAUUUUUUUUUCUAAAUAUAUUUUCAGAC